AUGCUACUAGACAUGAUGAAGCUCCUGCUCAUCCUCACCCUGCUGGCUCUGUACUGCAGGCCUGCAAGCGGCUCAUGGGAAGGCUGUGGGGCAAGCUGCGGGCGCCAGCUCAAGGCUUCUUCCUCUGGGCUGUUGCGCGUCGUGGGUGGCACAAAUGCGGCUCCGGGGACCUGGCCCUGGAUCGUCAGCCUCCAGCGCCCCUGGGGAAAACGCACCAAGCAUUUCUGUGGAGGGUCCCUCAUCAACCCACAGUGGGUGCUCACAGCAGCCCACUGCUUUGACAAGUUCAGGAACAUCGCCAAGUGGCGCGUGGUGAUCGGGACCACAAAGUUGUCUCAGCUGGGCCCCGAGGCCCAAGUGCGACGCAUCAAGCGGCUGCUGCGUCACGAGGCCUACUGGCAGGCCACAGCUGAGAAUGACAUUGCUGUGCUGGAACUGGACCAGCCCAUCCAGUGCAAUGAGCACGUCCAGCUGGCCUGUUUGCCUCAACCCGAUGACGUGAAGCUGUCGGAGCUGAAAAACUGCCAGGUGGCUGGUUGGGGAUCCACAGUUGCACGAUCCACAGAACCAGAAAUGUCCGAUGUGCUGCAGGAGGCCAAGGUUCACCUCAUCGAUACCAAGCUCUGUAACAGCAGCCAGUGGUACACAGGGGCUGUGCACAGCUACAACCUGUGUGCUGGGUACCCACAGGGUGGUAUCGACACCUGCCAGGGUGACAGUGGUGGUCCCCUCGCCUGCCAAGACAGCCACGCUGACUACUACUGGGUCGUUGGACUGACCAGCUGGGGGAAAGGCUGUGCAAGAGAAAAACAGCCUGGGAUCUACACCAGCACUCAGCACUUUUAUAACUGGAUCCUGGAGCACAUGGGACGGCACCAAGAAGAGGCAGCAGCUCCUCCACUGUCACAGCCUGUGUCCACCUCAGCCCCCUCUCAGACACCAAGGCCAGGUGCAACACAACCAGGCAGCUCCACGUCCUGUGCCUUUGCAUGCCGGAAGGCGUUGAAGUUCCUCAGUUUGCUGCGGGGGCUCCUGCGGUUCCUGAUGGGAAGAGGGCAGCUGAGAGACUGCUACAUCGCUGGCUGGGGCCACACCACCGCACGAACCCACGGAUCCGACGUGCUGCAGGAGGCCAAGGUGCGCCUCAUCGAUGGCAGGCUGUGUAACAGCUACGAGUAUUACAGGGGGAAACUGCACAGCUACAACCUGUGUGCCGGCUACGCGCAGGGCGGCAUCGACGCCUGCCAGGGUGACAGCGGGGGCCCGCUGGUCUGCAGAGCUGCGGGCGCCAACUUCUUCUGGCUGGUGGGCGUGACCAGCUGGGGGGCAGGCUGUGGCAGAGCGCACAGGCCCGGGGUCUACACCUCCACCCAGCACUUCUACUACUGGAUACUGGAACAGAUGCGCUCAGCAGGAAGGGCUGCUGCUCUCACCCGGGCGUGGAGACGUCUUCCCACCGACUCAGGGCCCUUUCCGCAGCCCAACCCCGAACUAGUCCCAGCACCAGAACCAGCGGACGGGUUUGGGCCCUGCCAACUCCCCAUCAGCUCACUGGCUGAUUUGUUUAGUUGUCUUGGGGAGCUGCUGCAGGGCCUCAGCGGAAAACUGGCUUGA